CCCUUUACGCCGUCACCUGGGACGACGGGAUGCCAAGUUCCGCUCGCCAGCGUCAUUCCUUCCAUUUGGUUCACGGGUGACCCGGAAGUUUAAGCAAAUAUGCUCGCGGAUUCCAAAUAUUGUUAUAUUUUACUUUUAAAUACAUUUCUAUCCCGUUUUUAUUUACUGAGAUCUUACACCGUGUUAAUUGUCUAUGUACUUUAGUGUAAAUGCACCAUAGAAGUCUGUCUUUUGGGAAGGGAUUCCGGAAGCGAAACCAUUAGUAACAGGAAAUUUUUCAGCAGAAGACUUGGGGUGCAUUAACAUUGCUUAAGAAAAAAAAAUGACUACUCUUGAAAGUUUAGAAACCAAAGCCACCCUUACUUCAACCCCAAUCCGAGGAGCAGGAGAUGGAAUGGAGACUGAGGAGCCACAUAAAUCCAUUGAAGCCACCUCUGGAGUCCAAUCCAUAAAGCGUCACAUCCUUCAGAGUCCACAGAAGAAAGCAGUUGCAUCAGAGAGCCUAGGAGUUCUUCACCUAGGGAAGAUCCUCACUGAAAAAGCAGUGGAAGUUGAAGCUGUAAGAAUAUUAGUUCCAAAAGCUGCUAUAACCCAUGAUAUCCCCAACAAAAAUGCCAAAGUGAAGUCUCUGGGGCAUCAUAAAGGAGAAUCCCUUGGUCAUUCAGAGGGAGUCGUAGAACCUAGGAAAGAACUAUCUGAGGUAAAGCAUGUAUUGGAAAAGCUCAAGAACUCUGAAAGGAGGCUACUACAGGACAAAGAAGGUCUUUCAAACCAGCUCCGAGUGCAGACAGAGGUAAAUCGUGAGUUAAAAAAGUUGCUGGUGGCUUCUGUUGGGGAUGAUCUUCAGUAUCACUUUGAACGUCUAGCCCAUGAAAAAAAUCAGCUUAUUUUAGAAAAUGAAGCCUUAGGUCAGAACACAGCUCGGCUUUCCGAACAGUUGGAACGCAUGUCAAUACAGUGUGAUGUGUGGCGAAGUAAAUUCCUUGCAAGCAGGGUGAUGGCAGAUGAGUUAACCAACUCCAGAGCAGUUUUACAGCGUCAGAGCCGUGAUGCACAGAGCGCUAUACAAGACCUCCUGAGUGAACGAGAACAGUUUCGUCAGGAAAUGUUAGCUACUCAGAAAUUGUUGGAGAAGCUCUUAGUCUGCUUGCAGUGGGGAAGAGAGCAGAGUUACUACCCUAAUGCACAACCCCACAGCACAGCAGAACUAGCAUUAACAAAUCACAAGUUGGCAAAAGCAGUGAAUUCUCAUCUUCUUGGAAAUGUUGGAGCUAACGAUCAAAAAAAGAUUCCUUCAACAGGUGAAUUUUGCAGCACCCCAGCUGAAAAAAUGGCUGAAACGAUUCUACGCAUUUUGGAUCCUGUUGCCUGUACAGAGAACUCACCUGAGAGUCCAUUUUCUGAGUCUUCACCAACUACCUUACUUGCUACAAAGAAAAACAUUGGACGAUUUCAUCCCUAUACUAGAUAUGAAAAUAUAACUUUCAAUUGCUGCAAUCACUGCCAGGGAGAACUUAUUGCCCUUUAACAUUCAACAUGUUGGAGACGUGCUACAGGCACUUACUUAUUACCGAAGAGUCAUUAUUAUUUGGGAGCUAGGGUUCUUACAAUGCUAGAAGGUAAUAUCACUUUCUAUUUAAAUAACAUAUAUCUCCAAAGACAUUUGAUGUAUUGAACUCCAGAUUACCCUUUCUUAAUAAAUAUCUCAGGGUAAGAAAAGAAUAAAACUGUGUAAAUAUAUUUACACUAGAGAAUACUUCUCAGGCAAUACCCUAUACAUUUCCUAAAGGACUCUGAAAGAUAAAAAUUCUGUAUCUCCCCCUUAGGCCCUAAAUUAUUAUUUAUCUUGCUGGAUACUUUAUAUGAACAGGUUUAAUUUUGGUACUCUAAAGUAGGGAUUGGCAAACGAUGGCCAUGGGUGAAACCUGACCACAUGCGUUCAUUUACUAUCUAUGGCUGCCUUUGCAGUACGAGAGCAGAGUUGAGUAGAUCCAACAGGGUUUGUAAGGUCUGCGAAUCCCAAAAUAUUUACAGUCCGUCCCUUUACAGAAAAAGUUAUCUGAUCCUUACUGUAAAGUAACAAUAGCUGGAGGAGGUUUCUUUCCCUUUUCGGUGAUUUUUUUGUGGGCUACUGAAAUACUAGAGGCCAAGGGACUAAUAUUUUAAAAAUAAAUGUUAUCUAUUAGGAGAAGUAUUUUAGAGCCAAAUUAGCAAGUGCUUCAGCAAAACAUGUUCUUUUGUUGGUUUUGUGCUGAGGUUUCUGUAUCCUGAAUGUACACUACCUGACACAAAAGCAUACUUUAACUAUUGAGCUUAUUUUGGCAAAUACAACACACAACAGGCAUAUCCAACUUGAUAUUUAUAAAAUAUGGUGAAGUUAGAAUUAGAACAUUCUGUGAACUCAAAGAAAAAAUGCAGUGUCAGUUAGUGUACUGUAUUUUCAUGCAGAUAAUGCACGCCUUCUACAUUUGUUUGCCAACUGUACCCUCCCCUCACAAGGUAUUUUCGUAAGCACGCUAUGCUGAUUUUUUUACAGCAACAUGUUGGUGCUUAUGAAAAUAGCUUGUAGGGGGAGGGCACAACGGUUGGCAAACAAACAUAGAAGCUGUGUGUUGUUUGCACAAAAAAUACAGUAUAUUAUUCUAACUUAUAGGCCUUUAAAAUAUCCCCAGAAUAAUUACAUCAAAACAUUAAUUAGUCAUAGAAGUGCCUGUCAGUAAUGAAAUCUUCAAAAGAUAAAUCUGGUCAAAUAAUAUAUUUUAAUGACUUUUUUUUUUGGCUGAUUCAUCUGGGUGAUAUUUAUAGUUUCAAAUGGCAAUAAAUUUUUCUACCUCCUUUAUUGUGAAUAUUCCUUUUCUCCCUAACCCCCCCGCCCCUGACAAAUGUUGUGCUUUGGUUCAAGUCUUCCAUCUAGCUUAUACUAUUUACAAUUGACUCUUCAACCUUUUCCUUGAGGUUUACUUAUUUUUCCCAUCUGGUGAUUAUAGUUGCUUAGGCUAUACACAUCCUUGGUAAUUUGGCUAUUAAAACAAUAUAUUAUAGUAGAAAAGACACUACAGAUACAACUCACUGAAAAAAUAGUUACUUUCUAAGAUUAUAAAAUCAAGUUUUUACCUAUGGCAUCACAAUUUUUCUUUAUAUCUUCAAAUUUAAUAAGUACUUUGUAAUGUUUUAAUCUAAAUGAGAUCAUGGAUAUAAAAUAAAGUUUACUACAGUCCUGGCACAUAAGUAAAUUUUCAAUAAAUGUUGGCCACUAUCA